AUGAACUUGAACGAUCAUAUUUCAACUACAAAGACAGAUUCAGAGACAGACACUACCUUAAAACCUAGUCGACCUUGGUUCGGUGGACUUUCUAGACUUUCCAUUGAAGAAGGUGGCAUUGAGCGAGUCACAGAUGAAGAACGUCUCCAGAACACCACCAAAUUUUGGAAUGCUGCUACAUUUUGGUUCAGCGCCAACAUGGCUGUAGCCACCCUUAACAUAGGCUCCCUAGGAGGCGCCCUCGGCCUCUCAUUUUGGGAUUGCUUCAUCAUCAUUUUGGUCGUCAACAUAACAAGCGACCUUUUACCAGCAUGGACAGCAGUAUUUGGUCUGACCGGGCUACGAAUGACCACAGUCUCCCGUUACUCCUUUGGUUAUUGGGGCAAUAUGCUAGUAGUGAUCUUCUCCAUGAUAGCCACGACGGGCUGGAACGCCAUUAACUCCAUCUCAGGCGCAGCAGUCCUGCACGCAGUCUCUGAUGGCGCAUUCCCCAUCUGGGCAGGUGUGAUCGUCAUCUGCGUGGCGGUUUGGAUCAUCUGCGUGCUGGGUAUUAGUUGGAUCCAUCGACUCGAUACUUUCAUCUGGAUCCCGCCAUUGAUUGUCUGGUGUGUUGCCGCAGGCACCGGAGCUUCGCAGCUCACUGGUGAGGACCACGUUGGUCUCAAGGGCUCAGAUAAAGCUGCCGCCGUUCUUAGCUACAUGGCGUCUAUUUUCUCGUUCUCGGUUUCUUGGGUCAAUUGUGCGGCGGAUUACAAUGUGCGAAUGCCCAAGGAUACUCCGCGUUGGCAGAUAUUCAGCGCUACUUACGUCGGGAUCUUCGUUCCUACUGUCCUGGUUCAGAUGCUUGGUGCGGCUUUGUAUACGGGAACCAUGACAAACCCGGCAUGGAAGCUCGCCUAUACAGAGUCUUCGAUCGGGGGACUAUUGAAGAUGGCUCUGGAGCCGGCUGGCGGGUUUGGAAAGUUCCUGAUGGUACUUGCGGCUUUGAGUUCGAUUCCUAACAAUAUCCCAAACAAUUACUCUUUUGCUCUCCAUGCACAGAAUCUGGGGCCAUGGGCCAUGCGGAUCCCCCGCGUGGUCAUGGUGACUUUUGGAUUCGUUGCGGCGAUAGUUGUCGGCUGUUGUGCGGCCAGAUAUUUCGCCGAUGCCUUGCAAACCUUGUUAAGCGUGAUUGGAUAUUGGACUGUGAUUCAUAUCACUCUGGUGAUGCAAGAACACUUCAUCUUCCGUCGUGGAUGGGAUGGGUAUGAUCUCAAUGCCUGGAAUAGUAUAGCCGCCUUGCCAUUCGGAUGGGCAGCGAUUGGCGCCUUCGCGUUCGGAUUUCUAGGUGCUGCACUCGGUAUGAAGACAGCGUGGUAUUCAGGCCCAAUCGCAUCCCUGAUUGGUUCAAAGGGUGCAAACAUUGGCCAUGAGUUGACUUUUGCCUUUUCUGGCAUCACUUUCCCGUUGCUUCGGUGGGCCGAGAAGCGCAUGGGAGGCAGUUAA